AUGGCCGAAGAAGACGCUCCUCGGUCGUUCAACGGCGGCCUGGACAAGUACAUCCAUUCGCCCAGUGCAUCUCCGGUCAAGUCCUUAAAACGAAAACUAGGCAUCAAGGAGGAAGAAGAGGAUGAAAAGAAGAUCUUGUCCGCACCUUCAUUGCCCCGGAAGACCCGCUCGUCCAAGUCGUUGACGCAGUCUACCCUGAUAUCUCGGCCUUCAAGGCAAAGCACUCGAUCGGCUCCUCCACGGGCAUCAGAGAAAUCCAGCACUGAUAGCCCAGAGUCAGGAGCGGCGGAUGGAUCAACUACCCGUGGACCAGUCUCUCGCCUCAGAGACUCCAUUCCGGAUAACCUCGUUCUCCUUCUCAUCGGGGUCAACCCAGGAAUCAUGACGGGACAGACGGGAUAUGCGUACGCUCAUCCGUCGAACCUCUACUGGCGCCUCCUACAUUCCUCGGGGAUAACUACCUUCCGCCAUCCACCGUCUGAUACAUACAGAAUGCCGGAGCUCUACUGUAUUGGGAACACGAAUAUCGUGGUUCGUCCUACGCGUGAUGCCAGCCAGCUAUCGAAAGAAGAGAUGAAUGCCGGCGUCCCUGUGCUGGAGGAGAAAAUCGAACGGUUUCGGCCAGAAGCUGUCUGUUUGGUUGGCAAGGGCAUAUGGGAGGCUGUCUGGAGGGUUAAGCAUGGGAGAAAUAUCAAAAAAGAAGAGUUCAAAUAUGGGUGGCAGGACGAGUCGGAGAAUAUGGGGCGUGUUAGGCCGGUAUUGGGUGGUAAUAGCCAGGAUGCAUGGCCUGGGGCGAGGGUCUUUGUCGCUACGACAACCAGCGGGCUGGCGGCAUCAAUGAGUUUGGCGGAGAAGGAAGCCAUCUGGAAUGAGUUGGGCUCUUGGGUGAAGGAGAGGAGAGAAGCUAGAGGAUUUGCUCUACCGACUUUGAGUCAGGCGUUAGGGACCUUGGAUAAUUAG